AUAAAAAUAAUAACAAAGAAAUACAAAAACAAAAAAAAAACAUAAAAAAAGAGCAGAAACAGCAACAAAAUGCGUUACCUGGCAUUGAGCGCGCUGUUUGUUUGCGCUGUGAUUGCCAGCCAGAGCCAAAUUGCAGCUGGCUAUAAGAGCGAGAUCGAGAUAACUCCAGAGCCCGAUGUGGAGGUGACGACCAAGAAGUCCGGCUGGUUUGGCGGCUUCAAGAAGUUCUUUGGCGGCGGCAGCAGCAACAGUGAAACGACCACGACAACGACCACAGUGAGGCCCGCAACGAGCACCGCUAGAUCUGCUGCGGCCGUAACGCCAGCCCAGAAGCCACCGCCAUUGGUCAUCUCGCAUGCACCGCUAAUGCCGCUGGGUCCACGGCCCGACACGCCCAGCUCAUCGCCCAUCGGUGCUCCGUCCGCUCACGGACCACAGUGGCCCGCAGCCAAUGCCAAUGGACACCAGCAGCAGCAUCAUGUGGGUGGCACAACGCCGGCUAGCUUGCCAGCUGGCCGUUUGGGUGGUGCAGGUGCCUCGACAGCUCCCAAUUUGCCGCCGGGCUUUGCGCCAUAUCGUCCACAGAAGCCGCAGCCCAGCGGCUUUGAUUUGAGCUAUUCGGGCGGUGGCGCCGCUGCCGGUGGAGGUCCGGCGCCGCAUCCCGGCUUUGGUCUGGCGCCGCUAACCAGCAGCACCACUACGACAACCACAACAACAACCACGCCCCGAGCACUCACCAAUGUGCAGCCAGGCAACAUUGAUUUGCGCUUUGGCGGCUCGACGACGACCACCGUGAGGCCCGGCCAGCAGCAUCGGGAUGAGUUCCCCAGUUUGCCUGCGCCGCGGCGUCCGUCGAUUAAGGAAGAUUUUCCAGCGUUGCCCACGCCACGCACACCAGGUUCACCAGGUUCACCAACUCCCGGCACGCCAACCUCGCCUUCAGCCUGGCAGGUGCCGUUGCCCACGCCAGUGCAUCCAGCUGUGCCGGCUGUCAAGCCAGCUCCUGGAGUUACGCCCACAACACCAGCUGGCAGUGGCAGCAGCACCACCACCACAGCUGGCGGCACCUCUACUCAUGGCUCAUCGGGUGUCUCCUUUGUGCCGCACACACCUGGCGCGACAACUACCGUGCGCCCGGGCUUCCAAUCCUCGGGCAACUCAGUGGCAACCGACGAUGAGAUACGUCAACUAACCGAACAGCUCUACAACAAGGAGUCGAACAGUCAGCUGAGCCAGAUCACAGUCAAUUUGCAGGGACGCACGCGCUCCAUUGAUAGCGGCGAUGAGGCGCCACAGCCUCUUUUGAGCGUCAAUGCCAAAGCCCUGGAGCCACUGACCAUAGCCAAGAUGCGGCUGCUGUUCAACAACUAUGAGCAGGAUACCCUGGUCAACGAGCAUGUGACCGCAAACGAGCGCAAGGAGGAGAACGAGUUCCUCGAUGCAGUCAUGGCCACCAGUGUUAUGAGAGCAGCGAUGUUGUUCCUGCAGCAGAAGGGUUUAGUGACACCCGAUCCGAAAACGCAUCGUGAUCUGGUCAAGGAGCUGUGGUUCACACAAUAUUCACGGGGUCAGGGCAAGAUUGGCAGUUCCGGAUUCGAGCAUGUGUUCGUCCAUGAGGUAAAGAACGGCACCAUCAUCGGCUUCCACAAUUGGGUCUAUGUCAACGAGGAGGAGCAGGCCGGUCGCUUCGACUACAAGGGUUACAUGAAGGAGCAGGACAUCGGCACGAAGGGCAAAGUUCUGAAAGUUCGCUUCACACACCAGGGCCUAAAUAAGCCUGUGGACACCAUGUUCGUUGGCACCUCGCCGGAGCUGGAGCUGGCUCUGUACACGGUCUGCUUCCAGUUGCGUCCGGAUCGCACCUGUCCCGUGUCUUUGGGCAACAGCAAGUUUGGUAUUGUCACCUAUUCGUGGCGCUACAGGGGCAAGAGCCUCAUUGGCAGUGCCUAUCCUGAGAUUUGAGCCAAGCACCGCAGCUCGCAAUAGCAUCUUUUUUGUCUCACUUUCUACUGCAAUCUUAUGUUAAUCUUUUUUUUUCCUUCUCUGUAUAAUAAAGAUAAAUA